CAUCACAGAGAGAUGGGGUCCCUCUGUGACCUCAUAAAGGAUCGCUCUCCCAAUUGGUCCAUACGCGGCUGACCGGAAUGUUGUCUUCCUCCUUCCUUCCUCCUGCUCCACCAUGGGCGAGGCUCGGCCGGGCCCAGCGCAGCCGGCCUCGCUGCUGGAUGCAGCCAGGGACACGGCUUUGCUGCAGGGAUUCGCACUCAUGUCCCGGCAGGACACGGCCAGCGAGACGUCCCAGGCGCAGGCCACGUCCCGGGCGUCCCCACAGAAGCUGCACUUCCCCGUGGACCAGCUCGAGCGCAUGCUGCGGCAGAGACUGCGCAUCAAGCGCAUCAAAGGCGAAGCCUUGGUUUACCUGGCUGCCGUGACCCAGUACCUGACGGCCCAGAUCCUGGCCUGGGCCGGGAAGGCCGCGCGAGGCAGCCAGGACGGAGUCAUCGCCCCGCGGCACCUGCAGCUGGCCGCCCUGCAGAGCAAGGACCUCCGCAAACUGCUGCUGGGCAGCAAGACCGUCUUCCCCGGCGGGGUCCUGCCCGGCACCCGGGCCCUGCUGCUGCACGCCACGACCCGGCCGUGCUGCCGGAGCAGGGCUCCCAGCCUGGCGCCGGGGCAGGACCGGGGGGUCGUGCCUCACAGGAGAUGUAGCAGCCACUUUGGAUGUGUCUCCUCACAGCCGUCCACGGGCUAUUAAAGGAGAUAAAAGCAGCCAGGCUGUGAUUUCUCCCACCCUCUCUGCAGCCUCGUGUC